UGCAAAGCUGUUCGGUGAAGCUCCCUCUGUCCAUUCCACACACUGCGGAGCCGCUGAAUCUGUUGUUCCAACUUGAUGUUUUCAAACUUACUGAAAGAUCUUUUUGAACAAAGAGACGUCGAUUCUUUGUGUUCGGUCUGGGGUACUUGAAAGGAGGGUCUGCAGAGUGUUGUGCAGGCUGCGGGGGGAGUAGUUUAGUCUCCUUUGGACUUCCCUCGUCUUGCCAUAGGCUUCUCGGUGAAUGAGUGGGUGAUACGAGAAUCUUCCAGUCGUGCACAAUAGAGCGAGUGUGUGUGAGAGAGAGGGGAGGAGAUCUGCGCCUGUGAGCGAGUGAGUGCCUAGUGCUCUGGGGAUGCUUGGCUCUGUGGCCACUGCGUUUCUCCUCGCUGCUCCGGCGCCCAUCCCGUACGUCUUGUCCGAGCACUUACCCACGCCAUGGAGCUGCGCGUAUUCGUCAACGUAGCCGGAUCCUUUCCAAAAGCUAGACGCUUUCCAGCCAAGGCAGUCUUGAGCGUCGUUCAUAUUUUGGCCAUCGCGGUUACAGCAAGCAGGACAGGUGUUAAGAACAAAUGCACUGCAGAGAAAGCAUACCGUUGCUCCGAAUGCCUCAUCCUUGGUCCUGAAUGUGGAUGGUGUUUUCAAAAGGGAUUUUCAGAUGAAUCACUGCAUAAGAGGUGUGACCUAAUCACCAACCUAAUUCAAAAAGGCUGCGAUCCAGAUUACAUUGAAUCUUUUGAAGUAAAAAAAAUAGUGGAAGAAGAAAAAAAUUUGCAGCUGACUCCUGGCAAAGUUACUUUACAACUACGACCAGGUGGGGAGACGAGUUUAAUAGUGGAUGUCCGUCAACUGAAAAACUAUCCAUUGGAUCUCUAUCAUUUGGUAGAUACGUCAGCAUCAAUGGUGACUAAUUUAGAAAGACUGCACUCCAUGGGAUAUUCCGUAUCACAAAAGAUGGCUAAAUAUUCCAGUGAUUUCAAGUUUGGGUUUGGAUCUUUUGUCGAUAAGCCAGUAUCUCCAUUUAUUAACAUUCACCCAGACAAGCUGAUUAAUCCAUGCAGUGUUUAUGAAACAUCCUGUCAUCCUGCUCAUGGAUUUUUGCACGUGUUAUCAUUGACCAAUAAUAUAACUGAAUUCAGGGAUGCAGUGGAGAAACAAACUAUCUCUGGAAAUGAGGACACACCUGAGGGGGGUUUGGACGCUUUGCUCCAAGUUGCAGUUUGUGAAAGCCAAAUAGGAUGGCGCAAGGAAGCAAAGCGUUUGCUACUGCUAAUAACUGAUCAGCUUUCACACUUGGCACUCGACAGCAGAUUGGGUGGUAUCGUCAUGCCUAAUGAUGGGAACUGCCACUUGAAAGACAAUAUGUACACUCAUUCAACUGUUAUGGAACAUCCGUCUCUGGGUUUACUUGUGGACAAACUUCUAGAAAAUAGCAUCCAUGUCAUUUUUGCAAUUCAGGGAUCAAGCAUCAAUUGGUACAAGGAUCUUCUCCCACUGAUGCCGGGUGCAGUUGCAUGGCAGCUAAAUUCAGAAUUGUCUAAUCUCUCUGAACUGGUGGCAGGUGCCUAUCAGGCACUGCUUUCGGAAGUAGAACUGCAGGUGGACAACCACAUCAAUGGGGUCUAUGUGAGGAUUGCUGCAAUAUGUCCUGAUGGGAGCACAAAUCCUGGCCAAAAUAAGUGCAGAAAUGUUAAAGCCAAUGAAACAGUUUCCUUUAAUGUGACCAUUGGAGUGACCGAGUGUUAUGAAGGCGACAAGUCGAUCAUUUUAAAACCUGUUGGAUACAAUGAAACAACUAUUAUUUCUCUCAGCAGCACGUGUGCUUGUCAGUGCAAAGGACCUAAAGCUCAUGUUGCUGGAAGAUGCUUUAAUAAAGAGGUUGACCUAGAUUGUAGACUUUGCCAGUGUGAAGACAGUGUUACCAAUUCUACUUGCAGGACAUUGUCCAAAGAACAAUGUCUCAUUGAAGGUUGCCAACAGUGCAAAGACCAGCCUGUUUGCAGUAAUCGAGGGAUCUGCAACUGUGGGAAUUGUUUAUGCUACCAAACGAAACUAGGUAGAGUGUAUGGAAAAUAUUGUGAACUGGAUGACUUUUCUUGUCCUUAUCACCAAGGGCAACUGUGUGCUGGUAAUGGUGAAUGUAAAGGAGGGGAAUGCCAAUGCUACUCGGGCUGGCAAGGUGAAAGCUGUAACUGUUCUUCAUCCCUGAUGUCCUGCAGGACAGGCCAGGGUCAGAUCUGCAGUGGAAGAGGGACCUGCGUCUGUGGCAGUUGUCAAUGCACUGAGUCCAGAGCGUCCGGCCCCUUGUGUGAGGUGUGCCCCACGUGUGAGAACUCCUGUGAAAAUAGCUGGAAAUGUGUACAGUGUCAUAUAUUAAACUACUGGACUGUGUAUCCUGCCAAUUGCAGCACCUUGUGUUCUCAAAUGGUGGUGGUGGACCACGUUUCAGAAUCUGAGGAAGAAAUAUCACAAUACUGUGUUUUUCAAGCCAAUGAUAAAUGGUUGUAUAAAUUUAAAAUGGUAGCAACUAACACUGAAAAAGAUCUUCUUUACAUAUUGAAAAGUUCAGAAUAUUAUUCGAGACACAAGAUUCUUGCAACAUUUCUUGUCUUCUCUGCUGGUACAGUUAUCACAGGACUAAUCAUUGUGAUGGUGUUCAGGCAGAUAAUGAUGCACUGGAAUACAAACAAACCAACUCACCCUGGAAACAAUUGUAAAAUCUCUGCUCCACAAAAGGUAGAAUUAAUAGGUUAUAGAUUUAAAAGUAGCCAGAAAGUUUAACAUUUACAUUGUUUCUAGUAAUUCAUCAUGAUGGAAAUAUACUGACAAAGACUACUGAGGCUAAACAUGUAUUUUCCUUUUUCAUGGAAGAGUUCUUUUUCUGAUAGUUGGUUAAAUACUACAGCUUACAAGCAGGGUAAACCAGAAGACCUUCAUAUGUACAUCGACAAAAUGCAAGCAAUUGAGAAUGUUGAAUUGUAAUAGAACUAGUGCAGGAACACAAUCUGUUUCAAAGGCAUAAGGUCAAAUGAGCAGAUCACAAGAAUGAGGUACGCAAACUCAUUCCAUUUGAGCUCACCCACUCAGAUAUACUGCACUGUCCCGUUCCUCUGGUUUUAUCAAUCUUGAGGAUUUCUGCCAAACAUCACUAAAUGAGGAUAUCCACUCUACAGUGAAAUUGCCAUUGGCUGCCAAUGAAAUAAGGCAACAGAAUUAGAAAAUAUAUAGUGUAAAAUGGGUUGCUGAUUAAUAGCCAAUUGUUUUGAGCUACAGUCCAAAGUAAAUUUCAGUCCAAGAUGUUGAUUGCUGUACAUUAACAAAAACUAUCUAAUCAACCUCUUUGCAUUUAAAACCUGCACUUGUUAAUCCAAAUACUGCAACUUAAUGUUGUCAUGUUCCUUAUUUUUCUUUAUUACACUAUGAACAGUCUGCCUCAGUCACCUUUUAUUAAGACUGAAUGCCUUGACGUUCCAGUCUUCUUGUGUAAUUCUGUCCCAUGAAAUAUAAUUUUCUCUGACAACUGCUUCUAAGUAACUGAAUAUUGGGUGUAAUAUUAUAAUUACUAGAUAGGUUUAUAGUCUUUCAGAUACUACUUUGUGUCAUAAUCGACAUUCUUCAGAUAUUACAACAAACUCAUAUUAAUUAUAUUUAUUUCAGUAUCAAUCUAACCAAAACUAAAUGUAAAUUAAAUUGUAAGUACUGACCGCUUGAGAUCUAUCCUAUAAUUUGACAAAAAUGUAGCAUUUUAACAAAAUAUUUUAUUUGAUAAUCUGCUGUAUUUUGUAACUAUGAUUCUUGGAACCAUCAACCUCUGUGCAAUAUAAUAUUUGUAAGCAAAUUACUGGAAAAAAUAGCAAUAUUAUUAUAAUUUCUAUUAAUACCACUGGAAAAUAAAGUAUAGAAUUACAAUAGCAUCAUCAAUACUGAAUUGGCUCCAAAUAGGAUAUGUGAAAAUUAUUUUCAAGAGCAAAUACUGUGAUAGUUCAUUAACAUUCAUGACAAACAAUGACAUUAAUUUACUGUUAGUUAUAGAUUUAUCAUCAUUAAUAUCCAUAUUUAUUUUGGAUUAUUAUUUAUGUUUUCAAAAUAUUGAAAUUAUGAUUAUUUUCAAUAAAUAUAGUCAAAUACAUGUUGAUUACCUAAAGUACACUGGGGAUCAACAAUAAUUUGAUAAAAUAAUAAUGUAAAACUUAACACCAGUGGUGUGGUUGCUGAUUAAACUGCAACUAGCAUUUUCUUGGCUCUUCCAGCAAAAUUACAGUAAGCAUUUCACAAAAUGCUAUGGAGUUUCAUCACCAAUAUACAGUGCAUUCAGAAAGUAUUCAGACCCCUUCACUUUUUCCACAUUUUGUUACGUUACAGCCUUAUUCUAAAAUUGAUUAAAUUCUUUUUUUUAUCAUCAAUCUACACACAAUACCCCAUAAUAAAAAAGCUAAAACAGGUGACAAUUUUGCAAAGUAAUUAAAAAUAAAUAACUGAAAUAUCACAUUUACAUAAGGAUCUCUCUGUACUUUGCUCCAUUCAUCUUUCCCUUGAUCCUGACUAGUCUCCCAGUUCCUGCCGCUGAAAAACAUCACUCCAGCAUGAUGCUGCCACCACCAUGCUUCACCGUAGGUAUGGUAUUGGUCAGGUGAUGAGUAGUGCCUGGUUUUCUCCAGACGUGAAGGUUGACAUUCAGGCCAAAGAGUUCAACCUUAGUUUUUAUCAGACCAGAGAAUUUUGUUUCUCAUGCCUUUUGCCAAACUCCAAUCUGGCUGUCAUGUGCCUUUUACUGAGGAGUGACUUCCAUCUGGCCAGUCUACCAUAAAGGCCUGAUAGGUGGAGUGCUGCAGAUAUAGUUGUCCUUCUGUAAGGCUCUCCCAUCCCCACAGAGGAACUCUAGAGCUCUGUCAGAGUUCUUGGUCACCUCCCCUGAUUGUGCAGUUUGGCGAGGCGGCCAGGUCUUUGAACUUUGGUGGUUCCAAAGAUCUUCCUUUUAAGAAUUACGGAGGCCACUUUGCUCUUCGGGACCUGCAAUGCUGCAGAAAUUGUUUUAUACCCUUCCACGGAUCUGCGUCUUGACCCAAUCUUGUCUCGGAGGUCUACAGACAAUUCCUUCAUCUUCAUGGCUUGGUUUUUGCUCUGACAUGCACUGUCAACUGUGGGACCUUAUGUAGACAGGUGUGUGCCUUUCCAAGUCAUGUCCAAUCAAUUUAAUUUACCACUGGUGGGCUCCAAUCAAGUUGUAGAAACAUCUCAAGGAUAAUCUAUGGAAACAGGAUGAACCUAAGCUCAAUUUUAUGUGCCAUAUCAAAGGGUCUGAAUACUUAUGUAAAUGUGAUAUUUCAGUUAUUUCUUUUUAAUUACAGCAAACAUUUCUAAACACCUGUUUUCACUUCUUUAUUCUGGGGAAUUGUGGGUAGAUUGAUGAUUAAAAAAAUGAUUUUAAUCCAAAGCUGUAACGUAACAAAAUAUGGAAAAAAGUGAAGGGGUCUGAAUACUUUCUGAAUGCACUGCAUUUAAAUAUCUUUUAUAUCUUUCAACAUUUUAAGAAAAGUCUAUAUUGUAGCAGAAUUAGUUAAGUAUUUUCACUAUCAAUGGAGCAAUAUUGUCACAUUAGCAAUAUCUUCCGGUGAUGGAACUAUCAAUCGUAAAAGAUGAUUACUAUUUAAUCUAAUGGACUGGAAAUUAUUGUACCUGAUAUUAUCACCAGUAGUUUACCUUUUUGUUUAAAAAAAUAACUUUGGUCAGCUGCUCUCUCCCUUAGUGUGUUUGUUGCAAUUUGAUUUCAAAGCUGGCAUUUUAUUUGAAGAAGUUCCUUCAAGUUGGAAUCAAGAGUUUCUCCCAGCAUGGAAAAUGAACAUUAUUCACAGAUUUCUAGUGUUUGCAAUUACAUGAGAGUCGAUCAUGUUUCCAUUUUAAUGAAAACAUCUCUUGAUCACUAUCUGUAACUCUCAUAGACACACACACACACGCACACGCACACACACGCACACACACACACGUGCACACACACACACACACAUACAUGCACACGCACACACGCACACACACACACACACACAUGCACACACGCACGCACACACGCACACGCGCACACACACACACACACACACAUACAUGCACACACGCACACACAUAGAAAUCUUAACUAAAAUCUCCAAUGUCAGUUAAUUCAAAAAAAGGUCUGUUGUUAACAAUCAACAACAGUUGCAGAAAACAUCUGUCCUUUGAUAAACCCUAUUUUGAUUUGAAUUUAAGUACUAUAUAAUUGCUCUUAAAAAAAUCUUAAGAUACUGUUUAUAUGCCUUGAUUAUUUAGAAGCCGACACUCCCACAUUAUAUUAGUCUGAGUCUAAUAAUACAUUAAGUUCAUGUUCACAAGUAAAAGGAGCAGAAUUAGACCAUUCAGCCCAUUGAGUCCAUUCGGCCAUUCACUCAUGGCUGAUCGCUGCUUCCUAAUCCCAUUUUCCUGCCUUCUUCCCAUAACCCUUGAAUCAAGAAUUUGUCUAACUCUCUUAAAAAUAUCCACUCACUUGGUCUCCACAGCCCACUGCGUGCAUGAGUUCCACAAAUUAACUACCUUCUGACUAAAUAAGUUCCUCCUCAUCUCCUUUCUAAAAGAGCGCCCUUUAAUUCUGAGGCUAUAACCUCUGGUCCUAGACUCUCCCACCAGUGGGAAUACGCUUUCCACAUCUAUGCCUUUCAUUAUUCUGUAAGUUCCAAUGCGGUCCCCCCUCAACCUAAACUCUGGCGAGUAGAGGCCCAGUGCUGUCAAGUGCUCAUCAUAUGCUAACCCACUCAUUCCUGGAAUCAUUCUUGUAAACCUCCUCUGGAUCCUCUUCAGAGCCAGCACAUCCUUCCUCAGAUACGGGGCCCAAAUUUGCUCACAGUACUCCAAAUGGGGCCUGACCAGCACCUUGUAGAGUUCAGCAUUACAGCUCUGUUUUUGUAUUCCAGUCCUCUUCAUAUAAAUGCGAGCAUUCAAUUUGCCUACCUUACAAUCGAUUUGACUUGCAAAUUAACUUUUUGCAUAUUUGUCCCUUUGCACCUCUGAUUUCUGGAUUCUCUCUCCAUUGAGAAAAUAAUAUUCACCUUUAUUUUUAUCACCAAAAUGCUUGACUCUGCACUUUGCUACACUGUAUUUCAUCUGCCACUUCUCUGCCCACUCUCCUAACCUGUCCAAGACCUUCUGCAAAAACCUUGUUUCCUCUGCACUGUCUGCCCCUCCACCUAUCUUAGCAUCAUCUGCAAACUUGGCCACAAAGCCUUCAAUCCCGUUAGCCAAAUCAUUAAUAUACAAUGUGAAGCGGCGCGGCCCCAGCACCGACCCUUGCGGAACUCCACUAGUCACUGACAGCCAACCUCAAAAAGCAUGUUUUAUUGCAAUUCUGCCUUCUGCCAUCCAGCCAACCUGCUAUCCAUGCUAGUAUCUUUCCUUUAAUACCAUGGGUUCUCAUCUUCCCUAGCAGUCUGACGUGUGGCACCUUAUCGAAGGCCUGAAAACCUAGGUAAACAACAUCUACAGCCUCCCCUCUGUCUGUCCUGCUAUUAACUUCCUCAAAGAUGUAUAAUUUAACAUAAAUAAAAUUACACAGAUUAAUUACAUUUUACUGUCAAAAGCAAGAAUAGCUUUAAAGAAGCAAUUGAUUACCAGUCUCUAUUUAUUGUAACAUGGGAAGACAUCCUUUAAGUGGAUUGAUCCAGUUCUCCAAAUAUUUCCAGCAUUUUCGUGCAUAUUGUGACAUAAUAUUGUCUUUUAAGUCCAUUUAUAUAUAAUACUAGAACAUAAUUAUAGAGGAGCAUUUGAGUCAAAUUACAUUUUCUACUGCAUUAUUUUAGUAAGGUUUUUAAAAAACCAUUAGCAGUCAUUAAAAUAAUGUUCUGAGAAAUGUCAGAUGAUGAAUGAUAUGUCUCUUCACUAACAAUACAAAGAAUAAUAUCUGCAGUUUAAUUCUCAUAUGUUUGGUACUCUUACUUAUACCAAUGUCAUUAUUAUCCUGAGGUUAUUGGUGCGUGAUAUUAUUUCCCUGGGAUUUAACAUUUCAUGACAUUCUUAUAGCUAAAUUACCAAUCUGACAAUAGUAUUAAAUCAAAAUUACUUUGUUAUAGCUCCGCAGUUUGAACCAAUGGUCUUUCCCGUAUCAACACAUUUCCCAUUCCACCGGAGAGAAAAAUCCCAGGCUUUUCAUUUUCUCAACCAUGUCAUAAUCUUCCACAUUUCUAAAAAGUGCAAUGAUACUACUGAUUUCAAUGAAAUUGUACACGUAUGACUGAAAAACAUAUGUCACUUUUAUUUCAACAACAUAGCACAUCCUGCAAUAAUAUUAACCAAUUAUUUCACAGUAAUUCAUCUAAUGUACAAGAGUAUUUGAUUAACACUGCACACUUCAGAAAAUAAUCAGCAGUUGAUGAAACUGGUUUGAUUUCUCGCAUUAACUACAGAAAGAUAGCUGUAGAAUGUCAAUAUCUAAUUCUAAAAAACUCUAAAUUUGCACUAACAAUUAAUAGAAUGUUUCAUAUUUAUUAUAAAUUCUGAUUAGUAAAAUAAUUGAUCAUUUAAUAGCUGACCUAAUAAUUUAUUUUGAUUUUGUAUAGGAGAUUAACUUUUAAAGUUGUUGUCUGUAAAAAGUUAUAUACUUAAAGAAUCCAUGCCAAUAGUUAACAAAUGUUAAUAUGUUGUUUAAGCAUAGUAUUGCCAAAGUGGUUUAUUCCUGUAGUCUGACAUAUUGAAGAUGUAUUUAUGUCCUAAAUUGCUGCUAAUUACUCGGUGUGUGCUGCAAAUGAAUGCUUCCCUAUAAAUCUUAGAUAGAAAACGUGAAUGUGGAAUUGGGUAAAAUUUGAUCAGUUAAUGAUGUUUCAUUUUUCAAACAUAAUAAGAUAAACAACAUCAAGAAUAAUUGGCUUAAAUAAAUUAUUCCUGAAAAAAGAGGUAAUCCGAAUCCAAAUAUGGACUCUAAUUGCUUCAACAAUUUUUGGCUCUCCAAUUAUUUUAGAUAUUCACACUACAUUACUGCCAUCUCAUCUGUACCUAAAGGAAUCUAUUUGCCAAGAAAUUCAAUCCUAGCACACUGUAUAUGAGGAUGCAAUUGAAUUUCUAUAAAAAUAUAUUCAGUGAAGAAAAUCACGGAGUUACUGUAGGGGCCAUUAAGUUGAGAAUUGUCCUUCUGGGUUUCAUGUGUCUGAUAUGCUCUAGAUACUCAAACGUAUGCAAUGAUAAUGAAGCAUGCGCAGGGUGAAAUGUCUGCAUAUUUCUUAUGCUGACAUUGCUUGGUGAAGGCACAAACUACCCAUUACACUACAUGCUAGGCCUACUUUGGCAUUACAUAAAUAGGACUGCCAGAUCAGUCCCAGAUUAUCAAGUCUAACACUGGAUUCCUAUCUCAGUUAAGUUUUCAAGUUAAAUGCUUACCACCAAUGGAGAUUUUGGCGUGAAAAUGGUAUCCUUCUGUUUGCUCUUCAUCGUUAGCCAAAAACUCCUCAUACACAUCAUGUGCCAUAACCUUUCCAACAUAUGCAUAAUACCAAAUACUGAGGGCCCCAACCACAAAAACAUUAAUUUUGUUCCUGAAGUUUUGACACUAAUUUCACAGGAAUAUAAUAGAUUCCUUUCCAUGUGGUAAUGAUACCAGGGCUGAGAAGCUCAGAAUUUAAAAACCACUUUCUUAAAUAAGCAUUAUAGGCGAUUACUCAACUGGAAUAAACCAUGAAUAAACCAUGAAACCAUGACUUUGAAUAAACCAAUCUGGUUGCUUGAACAACAAGACUAGCACUGAAUUUUUUGUAGCUUUUUGCAUAUUUGUGAUAUUGUUUUUUUUAUAUUUUCUGUGAGUAUUAUAUCUUGUAGUACUAAAUAUCUGUGACUAUUUUUAAAAUAAAAAUAGAAUAAUCAUUAA